CGGGCUUGGUCAUUCUAGAACGUGACUCCACUUAAAGCGGGUGUGCCAUCGUACCUAAUUGUACGCAAUCAACGCGAUAUUCAGCUGCUGAAUAGCGCGCGUGUGUAGUGUUGUAGUUGGUGGCUCAUUAAUUACGGAAGUGAAGACAACGAGGCAAAGCGAAAUAAACGUAAAAGUAAAAGUAACAAUACAAAAAUCACUAAAAAAAACAGCUAAGACCAGCAAAAUUUUGCCGAUACUAGCUACAACAACUGUUAAGCUAUUAAUCAAAUUUAAUAAAGGAAACAACAACAACAACAGCUAACAUUUGCAAAGAUGACAAUGUACGCCAAACAAAAUCGAAAAUCUAUUUUUAAUUUAAUCAUGGUUUUAACUGUACUAGUACAAGGAACGUUCGGUCAAUCGUUUUUACUCAGUUUGGGUCAAAAUCAACGCAACUUCUUUGCGGAAGGCAAUUCACGUGAAGCUUUUUUGACUGCACCAUUGGGUGCUCAACUAAAUUAUACGGAUCCGGUAUCAAACGUACAUCUGGAGUCACGUGACGAGUUUGAUGAGAACAACACAACGAUAAUUGUUAUUAAGAGCAUACGCGAACAAUCCAACGAAUUAUCGCAGACUGCCAUGGAUAUUAUAACGAUCGUUUGGUAUGUGGCCACAUUUCUGGCACUGGCCGCCUUCUUUCUGCUCAUGGCUUGCUCAGAUAGACGCUGUACGGAGAAUCGACGCAAUGUUUUGGACAAUGAAACACAAAUUGCCCCACCCACACCAUCGCCAUCGUACAGCGAGUUCGCACCACCCAGCUACGAGACAGUAAUCAAAAUGCAACAUGAUGCUAGAACUAGCGUAUUUGUUAUACCGUUUGGGCCUGGAAGCAAGGAUGUUAGCACGAAUAGCAAUGGCAGUAGUUUGCAUACACCACAAACAACACCAACAACGCCAGCGAUAAAUU